UAUACACUCAAUAAUACAUUGUUGGGACACUCAAUAUAUUUUUAGUAAUAAUGCUUUGAAUUUUGUGUAUUCUUACACGUACUAUUACUUAAAUUAAAUAAUAUUUUUAAAUUUCAUUCCUUCUAUUUUUAGGGUUGACAUUAAUGUGACAUCAACGUUCAUCGUUAUGCUGUAACACACACCUAAGCACACACGCGAGGCGCCCAGUGUGUGCGUUUCAAUUUUUGUUGUACAUAAUCAUAAAAACUCUAUCGAUAAUCUAGUAAAAAUUCCCGCGAUUAAUCCGCAGACGUGAUUAUGUACAUUAUGUACGAUUGUAAUUUGUUUUACAUUGCAAUGAAAUGGAUGCUUGAGUGAAAAAGUAGGCUAAGAGCUUAUUCUAUAUGUUAUCCACGUGGAAAGGUUACUUAAGAAUGCUGUUAUUGCAUUUAAAACGAAAAAUUUAAUAAUUUUUCACUUCUGUUUGAAUUCUAACCCCAUUUAAUAUUUAUUUGUUUUAAUUGUUAAUAGUUCGAUAUACAUACGUAAUUAUCGCAAAAGUUUUACAAUUGCGCCGUAUUCGUCAAGAUGCUUGAAGGUCUCGUUGCCUGGGUGUUAAAUAAUUACCUGGGCAAGUAUGUCGAGAACCUUAAUACAGAUCAAUUAAGCAUUGCACUCUUGUCAGGGGCAGUUGAACUUGAAAAUCUACCUCUGAAACGCGAAGCCUUAAGGCAUAUUGGAUUACCUGUUGAAAUAAAAGCUGGUUUUAUCGGUAAAGUUCGAUUACAAAUUCCUGUUACUCAAAUAAGAACAGCAUCAUGGGUUAUAGGUAUAGAGCAAUUGUAUUUGGUUACUGGACCUAUAAAUUUAGACGAGUACGACAGCGAGGCAGAGGAGCAUGCAAUAGUUGACUAUAAAUUAAGUCGCCUUGAAGCUUUAGAAGCCAGAUGGCGAGCAGAAUCAGAACAAGGUCCUGGAUAUUAUGCUACUAGUUAUAGUACAUGGGUAAAUUAUGGUACUUCUUUAGUCACAAAUAUUAUAGAAAAUUUACAGCUCAAUAUUAAAGACGUUCAUUUACGUUAUGAAGAUACGGUAACGCUUCCCAAUGGAAAUGGGAUAGUUUUGGGAGUUACAAUCGGUGGCUUAACAGCUCAAAGCUGUGAUGCAAGUUGGAUUCCCGGAUCUACUUCAUGGAAUUUAACCGAUGCAUCUUUUAAGUUAAUGGAACUAGAUGGUCUUUCUGUAUAUUGGAACGAGAUGAAGAAAGAGAAAAUGUUUCAUAAUUUAAGUCUUGGAGAUUUGGCUAUUGCUAUGAGCGAAGUGAAAAAGCAAAACAGAUGCUACAUUCUUUUACCAGUCAGUGCCAAAGCUCAUGUAAAACGCGACAGAUCAGAAAGACCUUUGCGUUCAUCAAAUAAACCUAGAUUAGUAUUAGAUCUCUCUUUAGAUAAAGUACCAUUAUCAAUUACAGAUGUGCAAUAUGAACAAAUUGUAAAAUGUAUCAAAGGAUUAGAUGAAAUCGACAGGCAACGACGGCAAAGAAGGUGCCGACCUCAUGCACCUAUAAAUGAAGCUCCAAAAGAAUGGUGGCGGUAUGCAGCUCGAUGUUACAUUGGCAGAAAAACUUUUGCUCUGAAAAAGACUUGGGAAGAUAUUCUCAAGCUUGGGAAAAAUAAUAUUACAUACGUAGACACUUGUGCAAAAUUAUUAUCAAAUCCAACACUAAGUCUGCCGCCAGAUAUAAAAAAAUUAAAAGACCAAAUGGAGAUCGAUCUGAGUUUUGAUGAACUGAGAGUUUUACGAGAAUUAGCAAUGAUGAAAGUAAGACCGCCAAAACUUCCGCAAAACGUAUCAAAUAAUUCAACGUCGCCACAAGCUCAGGGUAUGCUCUUACAAUGGUUCCCACAGUGGUGGGGCUGGCAAUCCUCUAAAACAAGCAAUAACAGUACCUCAUCGGCAACGGGCUCCUCGACCUUUGAUGGAGAGCUAUUGGAUGUACUGGCAGACACCAUUGACGAUGAUACUCUCCUAAGGCGCGAUACUGUAUUUGGCCUCUUUAACUUUGCUCUGUCUAAGGGUGCAAUAUCGCUUUGUACUGUUUUGAAAGAUCAGUCUGGGACAAAACCUGUUGAAACUAAGACAAUAAUGGAAUUGCAGUUCGAACGCGUUCAUUUAAGUUACGAAUCACGGCCACGUUCGGGCUCUCACAAGUUCUCCAUAAGUCUUGGUGCUCUCUAUAUGCACGACCACUUUACCGAAAAUUCAACUUUCCCAAUCCUCAUUCAACCUCAAACAAUCGGCUCUAAUGGUUCGUCCUUCUCACGCUCACGCAACUCCACUGAGAGGCUGACUGUGCAAAUGACUCAAUCGCUCUUUGAGCUCGUCUACGAGAAAAGACCGUUACACAUGAAUGUUGAUCAUUUGCUACACGUCGCCUCCCGUUCCCUGGACAUCGUUUACAAUCCGCUGGCCAUGCGCUGGCUGUUGGAUUUCGUGUGCGAGCCCCAUAGAUCCGACAGCUCUAACAAUCAACGUCUCCAAGCAAUGAAGCGCAGGACGAGGCGUCAGCUCAUGAAAAAUUGGGAACAAAUACUUGAGGGCGACUCGACUUAUCGAUCCUCCUGGGAUCUAAGGUUCAAUAUCUCGGCGCCGCAAAUUCUCCUAGUCGAAAAAUUUACCGAUACGAAUGCGGCUGUGGUCGUCGUCGAUUUCGGUCGUUUGCACUUAUCGAACAACAUGAACACGAGCCUGGCAGAUCUAAGUGCCCAAAAUCCCAUGUCGUCGACGAGCGACAUUGACCAGUCGAUUGACGGCGAUGAGGAUAACGAGGAUGACGAAGACGAAAGAUUCGAAACUCCUUGUUCAACGCCACCCGGUAGCCAAGAAAAUGGCUCCGUGCACGAUCUACAACAAGGCUUGUCCGAGUCUGCACUUCACAAAAAGCUCUACGAUCAUUAUAGCGUCGACCUUGCUGAUCUUCAGAUUCUCGUCUGUAAGGUCAAAGAUAACUGGAAGCACGCAAGAACAAGAGGCAUGUCCAGUCUCCACGUAUUAGAAAGAUUUAAUAUAUCGUUACAAAUCGAAAGAAGAAUUGUCACUACUAACGAUCCGCAUUUCCCCUCGGUAACAAUUUCGGGUAAUUUACCUAGGCUCGUAGUUCAUGUUAACGAGCAGAAAGUUGAAUCUAUAAGGUCGAUGUAUCACUUACUAUGGAGUUUAUCGAGCAACUCGCCUAUUUUUACGAAAGCCAAUGGAAUAUAUCCGAACGAGGAACUCGAAAGCCCAAAGAAAGAGGAGAGCACGGAUAGAACAUUAAAUCACGCGAUGAUGAUUCAAUUUAUCAUUGAUCAGAUGACAUUCGAGCUGCAAUCAAGAGGCAGGAGUGUCGCCGAGCUUCAGGUUUCGGGAGUACGAGCAGCCUUGAGUAAGCGUCCGGCUGAUUUGAGCGCGUCGCUGUCGGUGCACGGUCUCCUGCUGGUAGAUGCACUUCAAGAAUUUGGGCCCGAUUUCGAGCUCCUAGUAGCCAGUCAUAAACAUGUUGGAAUGGAUAGUGUUUCGGGUAGUCUGCGAGACUCGGAGCCGACUUCGCCAACUUCGCCCAUUUCUCCAGAUUCCUCCGAUCCAACUCUGUCCGUACGUCAUACCUCUCCGGUUGCUAUCUCACAUGCUUUAUUCAAUCUUGCGCAUCACGAUACGAAGAAUCAAAUUGGAGCAAGAGACGCGCCGCCACCCAGUAUAGAUCAUCUCGAUUCGGAAGCUCUUAUCGUCGUCGAAGUUAUGUUCAUCGACGAGCCUCUCGAAAGUCUCCGAGUCGCUAAUAUACAAUUCAAUAAUCUUGAUAUUAUCGCGAAUCAGGAGACCAUUGUUGAACUCAUGGGAUUCGCGAGGAGACUCUUUCCAUUGAAAAAGAGUAAAUCUAGGAGAAUGGAGAGAUACGAAUCGAUGACAAGUUUAACGUCCGAGAGCAAACCCACGAGAACGGAAAUUACCUUUGACUUUUACCGACUCAAUGUAUUACUGCUGAGAGCCGUUAUGCAGAAUAGUCAUCUGGUGGGUCAGAAAAUCGCAACAGCAACCAUGACGGAUGCACGAAUCCAGGCGACCCUCGCAUCGGACAAUUCAAUCUCAGGUUCGUUAGGCGGGCUGCAGAUCCUCGAUCAGACGCUCAUCGGCAAGACCCAUCAACGUAUAAUCAGCGUCGGUCGCGAUCCUCUGGCCGAGCCGUAUUGUGGCAGCCAUCACAACCACCAUAACCACCAGCACCAUCAUCAUAAUUACAACCACAAUCACAACCACAACCACAAUCACAAUCACAAUCACAAUCACAAUCACAAUAACCACCAUUAUCAGAGCCAACAGUUCAGCUCGGCUGACCAGCCCGAAGCAUUUCGUUUUCUCGCGAGUCGCAGCUGUCGGCAAAAUUUGGACGUCGACGGCACGGAGACCCUGGUCGACAUUAGCAUGCGCAUCGGCAGCGUCUGGUACACGCACGCGCCCCAUCUAAUUUCCGAGCUCCGCUCCUGCGCCGAUGAAUUCAAGCAGUAUCUCAGUAAUGUUGCACGGCAAAUCGGCGCUGCGGCCACGGACAUGGCGAUCGGUCUCGUGAACGCCGAGGACUGGUCGAUGCCACAGCGCAAGCGGCUCCCGAGCUUCUCUCUGGACGGCGUCGAGGCUCCGGCCAAUCUCUUCCUCAAGCUCGACCUAGUGCUGGACAGUCCGGUUAUAGUCAUACCAAGGUCCUCCCAAAGCGCCCAGGUCUUCGUGGCUCAUCUGGGCACCAUGUCCCUCCAACAUGAGCCGCCAGCAUCCGGCUCCACCCGACAGAAGAUCAACCUCGAGGUCAAGGAUAUGAAUUUGCACUCUCUCGAUGUUACGGAGAGGAUUCACGAGAUGAAUCAAGAAAAUUUUCCUCUCAGAGCGGAGGAUAUGUAUUCUUGCAGGGAAAGUGGAAAGCCCAUACUUCACGAUACUCUGUUGAGGGUUACUUUGGAACGAGAUAUCGAGAGUCACUCUCAAAGUCCUGGUUUCCCUUUCGAGGUGGACCAGGCACGUGGUGGUGCAAUAGAAGUGCGAGGAAUAGUCGUGACACCUCUCAAAGUUUCCUUAUCCUGCUCACAAUACGAACAAUUUUUGGAUACCGUGCACAGACUCAUUUCCGUGCCUACGUCUAUGGCCGAGUCAGUCGUGCCCAAACAACAGCCAGAUUCGGCGAUCCCGACGUGCAUUAACAUUCCCAGAAUUAUUGACACGACCUCCUAUACCGAUAAGUUCGACUUACCCAUAAAAGUGCUAUUUGAGCUACCGACCCUCAGCAUCGAACUUAAGCAAGAGGGUGAACUCGAGCGACCCGUUGUCGAGCUCUCUAUGCGAGAGUUAUGCGCCAAGUUUGAAAAACUACAUCGUGGCGAAUUGACGAUUCAACUUGCUCUUCGAUCAUUGCUUAUGGAGGAUUUGCUGUGCCCCGUGGGUUCGCGCCACCGUUACAUGAUGCAAUCUUCUGCACCAGUUAGGGCGAGACUAUUGGCAGGGGUAUCGAGAUCCUGCCCCGAUCUUGUGUAUCAUCAUCUGCUGCGGGGUACCUUGGAGCUACGUGGUAGCCUACCAGAUAGACUGGAAACCGACACAUUGUACGGCGCUGUGCCCGCGCAUUGGCGCGAAGAGACGGCCUCGCUUGUGGGGACACCGAAUACCCCGCCCCCCUCACCCGGUGCCAUAAGCGCCGAAGAGAAUCUCGUGCUCAUCAGUAUAACGAUGAGCGAGCCGGAGCGGGAUGCGAAGCCGCGCGUGCGUCGCAAAACCAUCAGCGUCGAUUUCAACUGCCUCGAUCUUAUCGUUAGCGUCGAGUCCUGGAUGGUCGUACUUGAUUUUCUCAGCAUAGGUACCCUCGGGUCGGGAAUUACCGUCUCCGCGGACAUGCUACCCAACCCCGCCCGCGAUCAGACCGACUUCUCCGUGACCGCGGAGCAGCUGCCCAUCCACUCCGAGAUCGAUAUAGAGAUCAAUUCCCUAACGCUCGUAUUGACGCAGCCCGAGCGCGAGAUCGCCCGCGCCAAUAUCUCCAACGCCAUGAUGCACGUGGUUAAAGCCGACGGUACGAGCAAAGUAUCCGGCUCCCUCGGCUCCAUGUCCCUCUUGGACCUUACGGCCCACGGCCGCUUUUAUCGCGAGAGAUUCCUCUCGUCCGGCAGGAAGGCUCUAAACUUUCAGUACUCGAGGUACAUGGACUCGGAGAAGCUUACCCACGAUGCCCAGCUGAGCUUGCAAAUGUCGGCAGUGCACUACGUGCACACUCAGCGAUUCGUCGCCGAGCUACAGGCCUUCUUUACUCACUUCUCGCGGCUACAUGCCGUAAUGGCAAAUUUGAGAGCCGGUGGCGCUUUCGUCGAUCCUAGCGACAAGCGCAGCGUCAGAUUGCUCUUGGAGUUACACGCGGGUGCACCGGUCAUACUCUUACCGGUAAGUUCUCGGUCCGCGGAGAUGAUAUUGCUGGAUCUUGGUGAGCUGUCCGCGCGCAAUAACUUCGUGCACUCGACGGUGAUGAGCGAGUGCUUGCUCGACAUUAUGAGUCUCGAGCUGGUCAAUAUGGACGUGUACGCGGCGAAGAGGCUGAGCUCGAGCGACGCUGCCCAGCCGGACGAGGAUGAGAGUUGCCUAUCGGUCGGUGGCUUCGUGGUUAAGAAAACGGGACCCUCGCUACUCACGGAGAAGUGCCAGCUUAGGCUCCGAGUGGAGAGGAAUUUGGAUACGUAUCUCAGCCGAGAUAUUCCGGAUGUAAGCGUGCACGGGACCUUGUCAACGAUGGACUGCGCCCUCGACCCCUCGCAAUACAUGCUCAUUCGUGGCUUGCUGUCCUAUAAUAUUGGCGAGAAUCUGGACGACUUGCGCGCCAUCAUGCGCGACACCGCCAAGUACUCGAUGCCCAAGGAUGACGUCGACGGCAAGGUUUGGACAUCGUCCUACGUAAACCUCGAACUGGUGAACGUGACCCUCAAGUUGCAUCCGCGUCACGGUCUGCCGGCACUCGCCUGCGUCAACUUCAUCAAGUCCCGGCUGAUACUCGACGCGCUGAGCGAUGGCUCACAGGACAUUGACCUCGUGUCGAGGGAGAUUCUCGUUAUGGAUACGAGAUUCCAGGACGAGCCGGUCAAUCGUCGCUCUAACGUAUUUACCAAUAUACUCCAGCCGUUGAGGGAGAGCUGCGCAUCCGAGGAUCGCGUUCAAGCUGAAGUGCAUCACCGGAAGCGCAAGAAUUCAGCAGCUACGACCAUACUGUUGCACAGCAUGCGACUUACGGCGAUUCUCGAUUGGUGGGAGGCGAUCAGAGACUUUCUCGUGCUCAACGCGCCGGAGCCGGAGCCCGUGCAGCCAUGGGCCGUCCCCAUGCCUACUUCCCUCGAUAACGACAGCGCGACUGACCUUACAUUGCCCUUCGAGCUCAAACUUAACAUCACGGACUCGGAGCUCGUGCUCGUCGAGAACACGUCAAUAUGGGACUCCAAUGCAGUAAUAUUGAAGUGCACGGCCGUGCUGAACUACAAGUCUACGCCGCAGAAUGGCGAGAAGCCUAUGAGCUGUAACCUAUCGCAUUGCGAGCUUUUUUCCUGCAUCUUGGGCUUGGAGGACGAGACGGCCUUGUCGAUCAUCGAUCCGGUUGGAGCGAGUCUAGAGCUGACGUCCGAGAAAUGCCUCGAAAUUCAUUUGCAGCCACUGAGCGUGCGGCUAAGCUAUCACGACGUCAACAUGUUCUUGCGCAUCCUGAGGUCAUUGCCGAAACAAACCUUGCUGGCAAAGCAGAAGCUCCUGGACGACGGUUCGCCCGCGAACGCCAAGAGCCACGUGGUUAAACUACUGGCUCUGGGUUUUGCCGAAGUCGAUUGCGAGACCGCUUUGCAAAAGUGCAAUGGCCACUUGAAUGACGCCGCCCUUUGGCUCACCCAGAACGCCGUGCCCAACGCCGAGUUGGAGCCCAGCAGCGAUGAAUUCCCGUUAAAGACCAUAGUGUUGGAGACAUCCUGCCUGAAGAUCUGCAUAAUCGACGACUGCAGGGACGCGGACGUGCCUCUGUUGGAAAUAACACUGAUCGACCUAUCGCUGAAUCAGGAGUACUGUGGCCCUGGCGACGUAUCAGCCACCUUCGGGGUCGACUACUACAAUCGGGUGUUGAGCGGCUGGGAGCCGGUCGUCGAGCAGUGGCACGCCUCCAUGCACUGGGAGCAGACCCUCUCCAGCUCACUCAAUUCUAAGCGCUUGAGUAUCCAGGUGAAUUCGCCGGACUCGGUCAACGUCAACGUCACCUCGACCUUCGUCGAGCUCAUCACCCUCGUCAAGGAGAACUGGACGCAGGAUUAUUAUUUGCUCAGUAAUUUUAGUAAAGGUAAUAACAAGAAUUACAGACGGCGUUCACCUUUCGUACCUUUUGCCCUAAAAAAUGAAACGGGCUCGAAGAUCUGGUUUAAGACGCUAAUUGCCACUGCCGAGGAUGAUAAGAUCGUAGAUAGAGAAAUUCUCAAGAAUAAUGCACUGAAGAAGGAUGAGACGUGGCUGGAAGUUGGAAUAAGCGAGACAAUACCGUUCACUUUUGAGAAUAGGGGGAAGCUGCGACAUCAUUCGACUCAUAUAGCGAGAAGACAUCAAGUGGCGGUGAUCGUUGAGGGAUGGAAGGUCGUGGAUCCAGUUACCGUAGACAGAGUUGGCAUUUAUUUUCGGCAUGCACUUGCGAACUUGAAGGGCUCCGAGUUAAUAUCGACAAAAGCCAGGAUUGUCUUCAAUGUAGAAUUAGAAGGAUCAGCGCGGAAAUUGGUUACUGUGAGAUCCGCCUUACAAGUUGUAAAUAAGUUGAGCUAUAACGUUGAUUUGAAAUUGGAGAAAUCACUGAAUCAUCAUGGUUAUUCUUCUACGUAUCAAUCUACGCUCGGUGGCAGGACUUUGCAAGUACCAGCUCAAUCAAGAAUCUCAAUUCCAUUAACACACACAGACGUAAAGAUGUACCUGAGGCCCGUGCAUCCAAAUGGCUCAUAUCAAUAUUGCGUUGAACCUAUCGCUUGGACCGUGGUGAAAAAGCUAUCGGAAGUCGUAGAAGUUCAAACUACCUGCAGAACUAAUCAACAAAAUAUCUUCAGAAUGUGCUUGGCGAUACAACGGGAUAAUUAUCCACAAGAUAUUGCGCAAACGUUACCCGGUCAUACAAUAUCGAUUCUUGCUCCAAUCACAAUCACGAAUUUACUACCGCAUGAAUUGAUGUAUUCCGCGGACGGGGAAAGCGGGCAAAUUUUACCUGGCGAAUCGUCCGAUCUCCUUACCCAAAAUAUUAACGAUCAGCUAGAAAUUACUGUUCAACUAGACGGAUAUCCAGGUGCUGGAACGCUGAUAGUUCCACAAAAUAGUGGCUCAUUCACCGGCCGACUCCGACUCUCCGACUCAUCCGGGCGCAUUCUAUUCAUACACGCAACAAUAAUAGUCGAGAAAGGCUUUGCGCUGCGUAUAAAUAUAACAGCUCCUUACUGGAUUGUCAACAAGACGGGCUUACCCUUGGUUUUCAAGCAGGAAGGUGCGAGCACCGAAUUCGCUGGUCAAUUCGAAGAACAUGAAAAGGCUCGAAUGAUCGCACCAUUACUUUUCUCGUUUAACGACGAGGAAAUAACUGGCGCACUUUCAGUACGCAUUGGUACAGGUUUGCACGUCUCUGGAAUACCUCAGUGGUGUCAACAUUUCCAUUUGCAGCCUGGAAUACAGGUACAACGGUUGAGGGUAACGUUUCGCGACGGUAGACCAGAUACCGUUUUUGCAAUUGGCAUUGCUAUGAGAACGGCUAGAGGAAGAUACCGCGCGACAACCGUUGUAACAUUAUCAACAAGAUAUCAACUACAUAAUAAAUCAUCGUGCACGUUGGAACUUGCCCAGAAAUGCUACACGACCACAUCUCAUGCCGAUGCUCAAGCCACGUACAUAACAGCAACACCAAACUGCCAUAUGCCUUACCAUUGGCCGCGCCUAGAUAAAGAUCAAAUACUUUGCGUUCGAAUAGUCAAUGUUCCUAAUUGCAUGUGGUCUGGUGGAAUAAAAUUACACGGAAAUCAUUCACUGACAAUCAAUGUUCGAGACUCGUCUGGUCAAAUGUAUUUUUUACGAAUUGACGUUGUUUUGCAAGAGGGUACAUAUUUUAUAGUGUUUACAGAUGCUGAUACUAUGCCACCGCCCAUAAGGGUUGAUAAUUUUUCAGAAGUUAAUCUGACGAUUAAUCAGACAACAGUCUCGGAUAGCUUACAGUGGUCAGUGCGGCCCCAUUGUUCAGUUCCUUACGCGCUCGAUGAACCAAUUUUAGCAGCGAGUCUCUUAGUAACGGCACCGGGAGGUGUAACUGCUUCCUACGAUUUAAAUAUUCUCGGCGAGUGUAGAGGACUGACCUAUGAAAAUUUUAUCUACAUUGCAUUUACAAGGACGUUCAAAACAGACGGGGAUCUGGGAACUGGUGAAAACAGUAUGGAUCCAUUAGAUGUUGAAACUCAGCGAUUGGUUUUGGAAGCUGGACCUGGUGGUUGGGUCGCACUUCGUAGAAAACAGUAUGGAGCGAGGUCACAACUUUGGAGAAUGACUGGAGAAGGUCAACUGCAACACGAAGGGUCCAGCCCCCCAAGAGACAAAUACAGUCGAACUCCGGAUACAGUUUUAGUUUUGGAUAUUGCCGGCACCGCCCCGCAACCAUUUACUUAUUGCCCUUUGGCAUUGAGAAGACCCGAUCCGAGGCGCAGAUCGACCCAGACUUGGCGUUUCACAGACGAUGGUCGCCUAUGUUGUGUACAUGCAAAUAUGUGCGUGCAGUCGAAAGAUGGUUUUAUGGGACUACAAGAAGGGAGUGAAGCAGUCCUGGGACCUCAAAUACAUUGCAAUCCACCGCCAAUUGAGCAAAAAGUAGGUAGGCAACGUCUUCGGCCAGGUUCCGGAUACCUUUCAGUACGAGUAACCACUGAUGGACCAACUAGAGUUUUACAAAUUUUAGAUAUCAAGGAGAGGAAGAAAACAUUCGUACUGCUCGAGGAGCGAGAUUGGUCGAACAUUUCUAUGGCCCAGCAUCCGACUCAAAUCUAUCCAGAUGUACAAAAUGUCGAUGCACGCGAGCUUCACCUCAGCGUAGCUCUGCCCGCAGGUUUGGGUCUCUCGAUAGUCUCCUGCCGACCGGCCGAGGAGCUUAUAUUUUCGCGCUUCGCCGGGAUCACCCUGGACUUCAUUAAUACCCCGUCAAACAAGAGGCUCGACCUUAACAUACAUGACGUGCAAAUUGAUAAUCAACUUUUCGAAGCCCAAUGCACGUCCGUACUCUACAUAUCUAGGAAUUUGCGAUUGGAGGGUGAUACGAGACCAACGAUACACGUGUCCGCCGAGAAAUUGCCAUCGAAGAACCAAAACGCGGAGAUUUUUAAGCACCUGAUAGUGAGCGUGAAUCCGGUAUGCGUCCACUUGGAGGAGCGACUAAUAUUAAAGCUCGCAGCUUUUAUCGGAGCCGGAUUCCUCGAGCAGGAGGCCCCUGUAGACGAGAACGACUUCAACGCUCAGCGUUUUAUCUCGAAUGUGUCAGCAGCGCAUGCAAAACGAUAUUAUUUUGGCGUGCUGAAGCUCAUGCCGAGUCAGGUUGAGCUGAGUGUGCUGACGACAACGAAGCUCCCACCACAUCUCCAGGCGAUAAAGCGAAAGCUCGGACUGACCCUUAUCAAAUUCGAGGACGCGACCAUCGAGCUAGAGCCUUUUAUUAGGAUGCAUCCCUUCGAGAGCAGUCAGUUUUUGAUGCACUCCAUUAUGAAGCAUUACAAGGAUGAAUUGAAAUGGCAAGCAGCUGUGAUUUUGGGCUCAGUCGACUUUUUGGGCAGUCCUCUAGGCUUCAUGAACGACGUGACCGAAGGAGUGUCGAGUUUCUUUAACGAAGGCAACGUCAAAACUCUUGUGAAAAAUGUUACGUAUGGUUUUUCUAGUUCCGCGGCUAAAUUCACCGAAUCUUUAUCCGACGGAGUCGGCAGAGUCAUCAUGGACGAAAGGCACGAGGAGACGAGGCAAAAAAUUCGAUCCAAUACAGCAGGGAGCAAGGAUCAUUUAGUUGCUGGAUUUAAGGGAUUGGGAUUCGGUAUACUCGGUGGCAUGACCAGUAUUUUCAAGCAGACUUACGAUGGUGCUGCGAACGAGGGAUUUCCGGGAUUCUUUGCUGGCCUCGGUAAAGGUGUUGUUGGUACAAUCACUAAGCCCGCUGUUGGAAUUUUAGAUUUUGCUACAGAAAGUGCUACUGCUUUAAGGGAAAGUAGCAGAAGUGCCCACAGACAAAUACCAAAGCGCGACAGACAUCCACGAGUAGCUAGUGGACCCGCGGGUCUUUUACCCCCUUACAAUACUCAGCAAACUGAAGGCCAGGAGCUACUCUAUAGCAUCAACAAUCGAGAUUACUCUGAAUUAUUUGUCGCGUACGAAUGCCUACGUAGUGGGAUCGACAACCUCAAGGUUAUAGUGUCGAAUGAGCGUGUUAUUGUUAUAUCUGGGGGUAGUAAAGGCAUUGUUACCGAGGUUAGUCUCGCUGAUUUAUUACAUUGCCAUCCGACUUAUCGUCUGGAAAGUAAUGGCACAACGUUGCACUACAUCGAAUUAACUUCGAGAGCAGAUUCGACUAGCACAGUAACAUUCGACGGACCCGAAUUUUUAAGGCGACCGAGAGUCCGCUGCGACAGUCAAGAUAUCGCCAAAUGGGUAGAUUAUUGA